UGUGCCGUCCUUUAGUCACGUGUGGAGCUGGGGGAGGGUCCUUGGGGAAAAGAAGGCGGAGAAAGGAGGAGGAGGAGGUGGAGCUGCUUUGGCGCCAAAAUCUGAAAAUGGCGCUGGAUCGUUUGCGGAGCAAAGCGGUCUCUGCCUUUAAACUGCGGGGCUAUCUGCUCCGGGGUGAAGCCACUAAAUACCUUACUGAAGCUCUUAAGCCUGUCCCUGAAUUAGAGCUUGAAGAUGCAUUGGAAAGUAUCAUUGAUGCUGUUGAAAAGCAGCCUUUGUCAUCAAAUAUGAUAGAACGAUCUGUAGUGGAAGCAGCAGUCCAGGAAUGCAGUCAGUCAGUAGAUGAAACUGUAGAACAUAUUCUUAAUAUAAUUGGAGCAUUUGAUAUUCCACACUUUGUGUAUAAUCCAGAAAGAAAGAAAUUCCUACCGCUAUCAAUGACCAGUCACCCUUCAACAAAUUUGUUUGGUAAAGCGAGAGACAAAGCAGAAGUGUUUCGUGAACGUUAUACCAUUUUACAGCAGAGAACCCAAAGACAUGAAUUGUUUACUCCUCUAGCAACAGGUGCUCAUCCUGAUGAAAGCAGAAGCAAAUUUCAGCUUAAAACAAUAGAAACCUUAUUGGGCAGUACAGCCAAAAUUGGAGAAGUGAUUGUUCUUGGGAUGAUAACACAAAUGAAAGAGGGGAAAUAUUUCUUGGAAGAUCCUACAGGAACAGUGCAACUGAAUCUCAGUAAAGCCCAGUAUCAUAGUGGUCUAUAUACAGAGUCAUGCUUUGUCUUAGCAGAAGGUUGGUUUGAAGAUCAGAUUUUUCAUGUUAAUGCCUUUGGAUUUCCUCCCAUUGAACCUUCCAGCACAACUAGGGCAUACUAUGGAAAUGUGAAUUUUUUUGGUGGACCAACUUCUACAUCUGUAAAAGCUUCUGCAAAACUAAAACAGUUGGAAGAAGAGAACGAAGAUACCAUGUUUGUAUUGGUAUCUGAUGUCUGGUUAGACCAAGUAGAAGUAUUAGAAAAGCUUCACAUUAUGUUUUCUGGCUAUUCUUCUGUACCUCCAACCUGUUUCAUCUUCUGUGGAAAUUUUUCAUCUGCACCGUAUGGAAAAAAUCACAUUCAGUCAUUGAAAGAUUCCCUGAAGGCUCUUGCAGACAUAAUAUGUGAAUACCCUAAUAUUCACCAAAGCAGUCGUUUUGUGUUUGUGCCUGGGCCAGAGGAUCCUGGGCCUGGUUCUAUUUUACCAAGGCCACCACUUGCUGAAAGCAUCACUCAUGACUUUAGGCAACGGGUACCAUUUUCAGUUUUCACUACUAAUCCCUGCAGAAUUCAGUAUUGCACACAAGAAAUCAUUAUCUUUCGUGAAGACUUGGUGAAUAAAAUGUGCAGAAAUUGUGUCCGUUUUCCUAGCAGCAAUCUGGAUAUUCCUCAUCAUUUUGUAAAGACUCUUUUAUCACAAGGACAUCUCACUCCCUUACCACUUUAUGUCUGUCCAGUGUAUUGGCCAUAUGAUCAUACUUUGAGAGUGUAUCCUGUUCCUGAUCUACUUGUCAUCGCAGAUAAAUAUGAUCCUUUUACUAUUACCAAUACAGAUUGUCUUUGUAUAAACCCGGGUUCUUUUCCAAGAAGUGGAUUUUCAUUCAAGGUUUUCUAUCCUUCUAAUAAGACAGUAGAAGACAGCAAACUUUAAUAAGACUUCUGGGAUUCUCCAAGAUGGAACCAAAUUUACUUAGAAUUUUGCUUAACUUAAUUUAAAAUGCUAUAUUAUCUUUAUUUAAAAUGCAAUAAAAGGGGCAGCUAGGUGGUGCAGUAGAUAGAGCACCGGCCCUGGAGUCAGGGGUACCUGAGGUCAAAUCUGGCCUCCGACAAUAAAAGCAAUAAAAAAUUAUGUUAACCUCUAGAAGGAAAUUUUAUAGAAGAAAAUUUUCUGCAUGUUCUAAUCCAAUAAGCAUCUAUUAAGUGCCCAGGCACUGUGCUAAACUUUGAGGAUACAAAUAAGAAAGAAAAUCCCUGCCCUCAAGGAGUUUACAAUCUGAUGGAGGAAAACAACACACAAAAAAGAAGAUGCAAGGAGAUAAGGAGUACCAUACUGUUCCAUGAAGUUGAAACCAGAGCAGCUGAGAGAGUUACCAUGAAAAUCCUGAGCCUUUUUAUCAACAAUGACAAAAUAAAGCAUUUUAAUUUUAUAGCUAAAAUUCUCAAUGCAAUACAUUUUUCAUGAAAUAUUUGAAAAAAGUAUACAAUGACAGUGUUAACAGAAACCAAAACCAACCAUAUCGAAGUUAUUUUAGUGCAUUGUCUCGUACUUUAUAUUUUUAAGAAUAAAGUUAUUCGGGGGCGGCUAGGUGGCGCAGUGGACAGAGCACUGGCCCUGGAGUCAGGAGGACCUGAGUUCAAAUCCAGCCUCAGACACUUGGCACUUACUAGCUGUGUGACCCUGGGCAAGUCACUUAACCCCCACUGCCCCGCAAAAAAAAAAAAAAAAAGAUAAAACAAGAAUAAAGUUAUUCAUUGUUCUUGGUCUAGAUUAAUGAAACAAUUUUAAGUGGUCUCAAUGGUUUGUUGUCUCUAGACAAUAAUUAUAUUUUCCAUAUGUGAGCCCAUUUAAUAGCAAAAACCCCCUACAAAAUUAUAGAAUCUUUUUAAAAUAAGUUUUCAAAAAGCCAUGAGAUCACCAUUUCUUCUAGAGAUGUCUUCAAUAGUUUUUUUUUUUCACUUCCACAGCCUUAAGGUUCCCUAUUAUUAAAGAUUUCAUACUACCUUUUCAUCUUUUUGAAAAGAUACAAGCAGUCUUGCUAGAUAGACUAAAACUGACAUCUUUAAAGGCAGGCAAUUAAACCAGUUCCCACAAUGAUUGUAAAGAAGCUACUCAAAGCGCCAAUGAAAUAGACAGGUAUUUUCUACUAUUGUUUAAAAAGAACAGCUGAACAAGUUAAAAUCAUGAGUAGUGAAGCGUACAGAAUAGACUGGCAUCACUAUGGAAGUAUUAAAUCUAUCAAGGGAGCAGUUUAAACAAUUGAUCUGUGUUGACAUAUAGUGUAAGACCCAUCAGCAGAAUCAAGGAUGGCAGGGUUUUUUCACUUCAACGACUAAAAAAACUGGAUUCAGAGUUUAUGAGACAUCUCACUUAAAGCCUCUAUCUCCACUCAUAUCAUGAAUUACCUUAACAGUAGAUUCUAAAAUACUUAAUAAGCAUCCUAUUUUUCCAUGAAGAUUGUUUUAUUUGGAAAGGAUGGCAUUGUCCAGCCUACCACAACCACUCAGAUACUCCAUAGCUACCUCGAUAUUGAGGUACAAGGACAAGGACAAGGGUCCUUUUUUUAAAUUAAGCUUUACCCAGUGAAAACAAAGGAGGUAUAAAUAGCUAAUUCCACACCAAUAUUAGUUAUUCUCCAGGAAUCUGGCUUAUCUCAUUAACUCACUGAGGUUAAUCAACAUGGAUGACAGAACAGAGAAACUGCCAGGUCAUACAACUUUCAAUUCUGAAACAUUUCCCACAGCCUGUGUGGGAAAGAACCUUUCCAAUAAGAAUAAAGAUAGGAUGUCCGUUGUCAUUAGUCAAGUCAACCAGUAUUUAUUAAGGGCUUACUGUGUUGUUUGCCAGACGUAUAAAAUGCUGAGGAUA